AUGGAAGGUUUAACGGCGCUUGUGAAGAAAUCGGCGGCUACGGGGGAUUUUCAUCCAUUUAUAUUUGGGGAAGAGGAGAAUAUGGAUAUCUUACAAUUCGCGGAUGACACCAUUAUUAUUGGAGAGCCGUCUAGUGACAACCUUUGGAGUUUGAAAGUAGUGCUAAGAGGUUUCGAGUUGGUUUCGAUGUUGAAAAUCAAUUUCUCAAAAAGCAAUGUUUAUGGGGUGAAUGUUGGUGAUUGGUUCUUGAACUCGGUUACUCACUUUCUUGGUUGCAAAAGGGGUGCGGUUCCUUUUUCUUUCCUUGGUAUAAGUGUGGGUGAGAAUCAUAGUAGAAGGAGAGUUUGGUCGAGAGUUAUAAAUAAAAUCAAGAUUAGACUUUCGUCUUGGAAAGGGAAAUUCAUCUCCAUUGGUGGUAGAGUGACGCUCAUUAAUGCGGUCCUCAACGCAAUUCCCACUUUCUUACUAUCCUUCUACAAAGCUCCGGAUAAAGGUGGUUUGGGAAUUAGAUAUGUUGGUGAAAUUAACAAGGCACUUCUACUUAAAUGGAAAUGGAGAAUUCUAACGGAAGAUAAUACCAUAUGGAGUAGAUUUUUGGAGGUGAGAUAUGUUGAGCCGAAGUUGAAGGUGCAAGGUUAUAUUGAAGAAGGAAAUAAAUCCAAAGAUUCAAAGUGGUGGAGGGAUGUUUUAGCUAAUGAUAUCAAGACGGAGUUUGGCGAUGACGGUUUCACGAGUAACAUUCGAUGUACUGUGGGAAAAGGAAAGAAGAUUCUGUUUUGGUCUAGCUUGUGGUGGGGGGACCAAACAUUUCAAGCCUUAUUUCUGGAUCUGUUCAAUGCUUCAAACAAUAUAUUUGCCACUGUUUUUGAUGCUGUUAGCAGGUCUGCGGGAGGUGCUGUUUGGAGUCCGAAAGUGAUCUUGGGCUUGGAGGAAACAGUUAUUUGUCGCCUCCAGUGUUCCGCUCAGAACUCAGUGGCAGCGGCUAGUUAUGCUGCUGGCUGCGGUUCGAAUCAGCAGCUGCGAGGAGGAUAG